UUUAAAAAUGGAGGAAUUCCCAUUCCAAUCUCUCCACGCUAGAAAUAAAACAGAAGAAAUUGAUCCAAAAACCUCAGUAGGUUUCUUCCAUAAUUGGAAGAUUUUGGACGUUGAGUUGCAGUUUGGGGAGAUAAUUAUAAAACCAUUUGCAAAUCCGUUCGCCCAUCGAAUUUUUCCACACGUUUUUGGUUGCUUUUUCAGUCUUCAAAUUCAAUUUAUUGGCAGCUGAUUGAACCAUUGUUCAUUGACCAAUUUUCGUUUCUUCUUCAAGUCUUCACGCAUCGCCGACUUGAUCUUUCUCCGUAUUUCCCCCUCGAGUUUUUGGCCGCCGGAGACGGGAUCUCUUUGAACAGAAUCGCCGGAAGUUAUGGUUGGUGCAAACGGUCCGAGAUACCGAUGGGGUUUGAUGAUAGGAGGUGCUUUCAUCGCUAUUUUGCUUGCUGUGGCUAUGACUUCUCGGACGGCUCCUAUGAUUUCGCUCUUUGGUCGCACUAAUAAGCCCUGCCAUUGUUCUAAUGAUACCCCCAAAUACAGCGGUAUGGUGGAGGAUUGUUGUUGUGAUUAUGAGACUGUAGAUCGAUUAAACGAGGAAGUGUUAUAUCCUUCCCUUCAAGAGCUUGUUAAAACUCCAUUCUUUCGCUAUUUCAAGGUUAAGUUGUGGUGUGAUUGUCCCUUCUGGCCUGACGAUGGUAUGUGCCGAUUGCGAGAUUGUAGUGUUUGUGAAUGCCCAGAUAAUGAGUUCCCUGAGUCGUUUAAGAAGCCUCACAUCCUUUCAUCCGAGGCCUUGGUUUGUCAAGAGGGAAAGCCACAAGCUACUGUCGAUCGUACAUUAGAUCGUAAAGCUUUCAAAGGUUGGACUGAGAUAGACAACCCCUGGACCAAUGAUGACGAGACUGAUAACGGUGAGAUGACAUAUGUAAAUCUUCAAUUGAACCCCGAACGCUACACUGGAUACACUGGUCCAUCUGCUAAAAGGAUUUGGGAUUCUGUCUAUUCAGAGAACUGCCCGAAACAUCCAUCAGAAGAGCUGUGCCAAGAGCAAAGAAUAUUAUACAAAAUGAUAUCUGGUCUACAUUCCUCUAUUUCAGUCCAUAUAGCUGCCGAUUAUUUAAUUGACGAGACCAAAAAUUCGUGGGGUCAAAAUCCUACUUUGCUGUAUGACCGCGUCCUACAAUAUCCCGAUCGUGUCGGAAACUUGUACUUCACAUACCUCUUUGUUCUUCGAGCUGUGACGAAAGCCACAGAGUACUUGGAGCAUGCUGAAUAUGAUACCGGUAAUUUGAACGAAGAUCUGAAGACACAGUCCUUGAUGAAACAGCUUCUUUUCAAUUCAAAAUUACAAGCUACUUGCCCACUUCCAUUUGAUGAAGCCAAGUUAUGGAAAGGUCAACAGGGACCAGAAGUGCAGCAGAUACAAAAGCAAUUCAGAAACAUCAGUGCACUGAUGGAUUGCGUUGGAUGCGAGAAAUGUCGACUUUGGGGAAAGCUUCAGGUUCUUGGUCUGGGUACUGCCUUGAAGAUCCUCUUCUCUGCUGAUGAUCAUCAAGAACACUCGGGUCUGGAUUUGCAAAGAAACGAAGUAAUCGCCCUGAUGAACCUACUCAAUCGGCUAUCGGAAUCUGUCAAAUUCGUUCACGAAGUUAGACCAUCAGUUGAAACUAAAAUGGAAGGACAGAUUGUUUCUCCCCCCACAGAAGGUUGUCCACUUCAUAGAAUGUGGGCAUCCAUAUUCAAUAGCUAGCCUAAACUUGUUAUAGGUUUAAACCUUGUAUCCGAGAAAACUGUUAAAAAAUUUCACAUCUUAACAAAGUAUGUACCUUACAGCCACUGAUGUCUUAAGCAGCAAUAGUUUCUUGUGACCCUUACAAGUUUGGUAACGUCAUUAUAGAUACAAUUGUUGUAAACAGAUUUUGAAUAAUGUAAGCUCAUAACCCUUCACAUA